GAGCGCGGAAGCGCGGACAGGCCCCCGCCUCCCGGUAAAGAGGGACGGACGCAGAGCUUCCGGGAGCCGGGCGCCGGCGGUCAGCACCCGCAGCUGCGGCCACCUGUCAGGGAGUCUCGGACGUGAGGCCGGAGGCUCCACUCCCUGAGAGCCCAGAUGCCGAUCCAGCCUCCAGGCAAAGACACAGAAGAAAUGGAAGCAGAGGGUGAUUCAGCCGCCGAAAUGAAUGGGGAGGAGGAAGAGAGUGAGGAGGAACGAAGUGGCAGCCAGACCGAGUCAGAAGAGGAAAGCUCAGGUGAGAGAGCGAGAGGGACACACAUGCACGCACGCACGCACGCCAACCCUUCUGCCGGCCCUGACUGGCCUCUCGUCCCAGAGAUGGAUGAUGAGGACUACGAGCGGCGCCGCAGCGAGUGCGUCAAUGAGAUGCUGGACCUGGAGAAGCAGUUCUCGGAGCUCAAGGAGAAGUUGUUCAGGGAGCGGCUGAGCCAGCUGCGGGUGCGGCUGGAGGAAGUGGGGGCCGAGAGAGCACCCGAGUACACGGAGCCCCUGGGGGGGCUGCAGCGGAGCCUCAAGAUUCGCAUUCAGGUGGCAGGGAUCUACAAGGGCUUCUGUCUGGAUGUGAUCAGGAAUAAGUACGAGUGUGAGCUGCAGGGAGCCAAGCAACACCUGGAGAGCGAGAAGCUGCUGCUCUAUGACACCCUGCAGGGGGAGCUGCAGGAGCGGAUCCAGAGGCUGGAGGAGGACCGCCAGAGCCUGGACCUCAGCUCCGAGUGGUGGGAUGACAGACUGCACGCCAGAGGCGGCGCGAAGACCUGGGACUCACUGCCACCCAGCAAGAGGAAGAAGGCGCCCCUCGUUUCUGGCCCAUACAUCGUGUACAUGCUGCAAGAGAUCGACAUCCUGGAGGACUGGACGGCCAUCAAAAAGGCUAGGGCAGCUGUGUCCCCUCAGAAGAGAAAAUCAGAUGGACCGUGACACCGCUGCGCCCAGCCAAGGGCCCCGGGGAGCAGCCCGCACCACACCCAGGACUGGCAUUUCCCUGGGGCAGAGGGCAGCCCUGCGGGAAGGCUCCCCAGAGCUACUGCCCGGCCUUCCCCUCCAGCCACCGCGGGCCCAGCCGCCGCCUCUGCCCCGCGCGGGGCGUGCGCGGCCAGCCCCAGAGCUGCGCCGGCCAGGCCAGGCUGUCCCCUCCAGCCCCAACGGCCCUGCCUUCCCCCCUCAAAGGUCAGCUGCCUUGGUCGCCUCCCUGACAAAAACAUGCCUCAUCUUAAGCCAAAUCACAUCCUUCCUGCUGACCUUGGACUUGGCUCCCUCACUGAGCCAGUGAGCUGAGCCCACUUCAUGGGCACUGUGAGCCAGAAAGCAUCUUUUGGGGACCCGUCCUGGCUCUUGCCGUGGUGAGAAGGCAGGCUCCCCAGGUCCCGUCAAGGCGGGCCUUGGGGUCUGCCUCCCACAUCGCGGGGAUUGGAAAUAAAAUGUU